GUCUCAUGUAUCAACCUUGCGUACGCACAAAAACUUUGCGUACGCCAGCUUUCACGCUCACGGUCGGAUGUACUAACAGUGAAAUUAACGCAAGAAUGUGCGUUCCUCCAAGCCAAUUUCAUGUCUGGCGUACGUUCAUUUCUCAUUGUUUUUGUCCGUUGGCGACUCUUACAGGCAAUAAAGUGAAGUUGCAAACAUUACACAACAAAUUGUUCUACAAGUCUCGCACCACCACCUGUGGGAAGCAUUGCAAUUAAUUUGCAAUUUAUAAAAUAAUUGACAUAUAUUGUCACACGAGCCUUUUUAUAAUUAUAUAAAUUAUGCAAUUAAAUAAGAACAUAUAAAAGCAUAACGGUUGAAACAACCCUUAGUCUAUGGCAAUGGCAGCGUUGGCCUUAUUAGAGGACAUUGCUAAUGGCAGAAUCAGAAGAGAACGAGUUUUUAGGGACCACAAUGAUUUUCUGGCCCAGGAUGAUGACUGGCUUAUCAGCCGUUUCAGAUUUCCAAGGGCUGUCCUCUUGGAGCUCUGUGCUGAGUUGGGUCCGAAUCUAGAGAGAGAGACAAUGAGGAGCCACGCAAUACCCGUUCCCUUGCAGGUGCUGACAACACUUGGUUUCCUGGCAACUGGUUCUUUCCAAAGGGAACUGGCAGACCGCUCAGGAAUAAGCCAGUCGUCUUUGAGCCGGGCAAUGCCAGUGGUAUGGGACGGGAUCAUCCGCAUGUCUGCCAGGUAUAUCAGGUUCCCAUAUGAUGCAUUUGACCAGCCAAACAUUAAAAUGCAAUUUGCAGCGAUAGCCGGUUUUCCUAAUGUUAUCGGAGCGAUCGACUGCACACACAUUGCUAUAAAGGCGCCAUCUGAAGAAGAAUUUGCAUAUGUGAAUCGGAAACAUUUCCAUUCAAUAAAUGUGCAGAUAAUAUGUGAUGCACAAAUGCGCCUAACAAAUAUUGUGGCAAGGUGGCCUGGGUCAACCCAUGAUUCAUACAUCCUUACAAACAGCAUGGUUGGGAUGAGGCUCCAAGCUGGCAGGGUGCGUGAUGGGUGGCUUCUUGGAGACCGCGGUUAUCCACUAAAGACGUGGCUUUUAACCCCCCUCACCAACCCACAAACUGACCGAGAGCGCAGAUACAAUAAUGCCCAUUCUCGCACUCGUUCAGUUGUAGAGCGGGCGAUUGGGCAGCUGAAAUGUCGGUGGCGCUGCCUUGACAGGACUGGGGGGAUGUUGUUAUACCGCCCUGACAAGGUGUGCCGCAUUGUGCUGGCCUGUGGUGUGCUGCACAAUGUCGCGCAUAGGCAUGGCAUACCACUUGGUGAGGUGGCAGCACCGCCAGAUGACCCCGACCCAGGACCAAUUUAUGUGCAGCCCAACCAACAAGCCGUUCAUGCCCGCCAACAUGUGAUUGCGACAAUAUAAAUGGUAAUCAGAGACAAAAGUUCACUUUUUGACCAAUUCCUUUAAUGAGUGGCUUAUGUCUGUGAGUGCGUCAGUGAUAUUUUUCAGGUGACUGUUAAUUUCCCCGAUGGCCAUAAUGAUUUGCUGUUGUGACUCCAAAACAGCAUGUGUCAAGACGCGACCAGACGGACGGGCGUCAGCACUGGGGAGAGCACUGGAAACGCUGGGCACAGUGGGCGCUGGCUGCUCAGGAGGGGCGGACUCCGAGUGCCCCUCCUGGGAAGUGGAUGUUUCGGCUGUUGCGCCAUAUGGGUCUAAAUAAAAAGGCAAAUGUUAACUGUAAUUUAAGUACGUUCCAUUUUUAAGGGGCACACACAUUUGCAAUAAAUGAAAUGGAUCCGUAAAAUCUCUGGUGUAUACUUUUGGUUCGCUACACCGAAUGCAUUUGACAAUGAAAUAUAGGUAUGCUAUAUGUACCAAAGUAAAAACAAACGAGAAAUUGGUUACCUUCGUCGCAAUCCUGUAAAUCGGAGUCUCCCACAGCAGAAGAUACUACUCCAGAGAGUAAAGUGUCACCCAUAAUUGAGGCAACUCUCUGCUCAAAGGGUGUAAGUUCAUCGACCCCUUUACCACUGCCUGUCCUGCCCACACUUUGUCGGUGCGCAGCAGUUCUCCGUUUAACGUCCACCUUUAUAUCAGACCAUUUCUUUUUAAGCUCAUUUACAGUGCGACUUUCAGAUCCCACUGCAUUGACGGCUUCAGCCAAACUCUCCCACUCAUAUUUUUUCCUUUUGUUAUUAAUUCCAGAGGACAACGUUCCAAAUAAAAUAUGUUUUCUAGUCUCUACCUCCGAUAGUAGCACCUCCAAUUCACUUUCAGUAAAGUUUCGUUUCUUGCCGCUUGCCUUAGCCAUUUUCUUACUGCUAUCUUUUGCCAAAGUGGACUCAUUACCAUAUUUAAAUUGAUUUAAUUAGGGGAGGAGACUGGGUGGGGCGUUGUGCUCGUGCAUGUGCGCUCAAUUUUACGUUAAUUGGGAUGUACAAAGAGAA